AUGGCCAAUUUACUUCGAAAAGGAAACCGAACUGAACCAGCUGUCCCACCGGCUCCAUCACGAGCACCACCAGCAGCUACUGGCGGAGCAGGUUCAAAAAAAUCAGAUAACGCAGCAUUCAGCCCAUGGGAUUUAGCACAGAUUUGGAUUGAAAGUGUUUCUAAAGAAGAAACAACUCGAAAACAAUGGGAACAAACCCAUGGUUGGAUAGCUGAUUAUGAUCCUAAAGGAAAUAUUAAACCAAAAAAACCUCCAGUAGAAAAUUCAACACGUUUUUCGGAUAAGGUUCCUAAUUCUCAUGGUCAUGAUUAUGGCUGGCGUUUACAAAGUAAUGUAGGACAAGAGAUUCAAAGUUUACAAACGCGAUUUGGUGAUCAACAUAAAAAACGUGUAUCAAAAGAAGUACUUGGCUAUGAUUAA